AUGAGCCAGUCUCGGCACAACGUUCAAUUCCCAACACGACCACACCAUAACUCCACGCUGAACUGGCAUCUUAUCAAUUCUGAUUCUUUCAGGAAUUGCUUAUCCAAUUUUUGGGAGCUUUCGGUUCAGAGCAAGAUCGUUUAUCGGUAUGACGUCGCUGUUUAUUUGGGGAACCGCGCAAACAGUAGAGCUGUGAAUUACUUGCGUGGGCCCCGAGACGAUUACGCGCAAGUAACAAGGCGUAGAGUGUGUCUGUGCGCUCUACAGUUAAUACUGGCGCGUUAUCACAUUGCUAGUGAAGGCUCUGCCGUCAUCUAUGAUGGGAGUGCUAUCAUGUUUUCAUCUGAGGAUCUUGCUCCUGCUCUAAAAGAGCAUCAUGGAAUAUUAACAAUCAACACAGGUGAUCUUCCAGUGCAACUGAGUAAGCAAAUUAGAUUUUACUGCCCAUCUGGCGAUACUCUAACCAUUGAAAUAUGUCGAUGUCGAGAUGACGCAACUUCAUUCGACAUAGCCGAUCUCUCAGCACAAGUGAGGGUAUAUAAAGUUGUAAAGGGGCUCGAGCUUUUUGAUGGUCAGUUCAUUUUUUCCAUGUGA